AUGGUAGCUUCCCUGGACCUUCUCGUGGAACUUUAUUACCUACUGACCCCUUUGCUCAGAAACCAACUGCCUGAGUUCUCAGCUGCAACAAUUGAUACAAGCUUGGAAACAGAUCUUCCUCCGGUCCAACCUUUGAUUAAAGAAAGUAGCCUAGCUGCAACUUGCUUGUUGCUAAGCACUGAUGAAAGCCCUGCCCGUACUCCUGGCCUGUGGAAAAUGACACAUUUCUGUAGAAGUCAGCCCUGCACCGUGCACAGCUCAGAGGGAGGAGCUGGACCAGCAGUGGCUCAUACUCUGACCUCUUCUGUGACAGAUGGUUCCGUCAUGGUGGUGGUGGAGGUUGGAGCAUUCAUAAGAGUCCCUUUCCUGCUGUUCUGGCUUGGGGUACCUCUGUCCUCUUUUAGCUUCUCCCAGGCCAGGCCCUCCCAGCAUUUCAGCUCCCCAGAGGUGGUGAUCCCCUCGAAGGUGACCAGCAGGGGUAGAGGUGCAAAGGCUCCAGGAUGGCUCUCCUACCGCCUGCGGAUUGGGGGCCAGAGGCACACUGUCCACCUGAGGGUCAAGAGGCUGUUGGUUUCCACACACCUCCCUGUGUUCACCUACACAGAGCAGCAUGGCCUCCAGGAGGAUCAUCCCUUUGUCCCUGAUGAUUGUUACUAUCAUGGUUACGUGGAGGGGGCCCCCGAGUCUCUGGUUGCCCUCAGCACCUGUUCUGGGGGAUUUCGAGGAAUGCUACAGAUAAAUGACCUCAUGUAUGAAAUCGAACCCAUCAGGCACUCUGCCACAUUUGAGCACCUGGUGUAUCAGGUAGGCAGUGAUGAGAUACAAUCCCAAUACAUGAAAUGUGGGCUAACAGAAGAGCACACAGCAUACCAGCGCUUGGAAUUUGAAAAGGCUAAAAACUCACCUCUGAAACAAAAUUCUGCUGGUGACUGGUGGACUCACACAUUGUUUCUGGAGCUAUUUGUGGUGGCAGAUCAUGAUUUCUUCACCUACUCCCAAAGCAACAUCUCCAAGGUGCAAGAGGAUAUAUUUCUUGUUGUCAAUGUAGUGGAUUUCAUGUAUCAAAAACUGAAUACUUGUGUGAUAUUGAUUGGAAUUGAAGUUUGGAAUCAAAGAAAUGCCUUCCCAAUGAGAAGCAUAAACCAAAUUCUAGAAGAUUUCUCUCAGUGGAAACAAAUCAGACUUUCUAAGACACAGCAUGAUGCUGCACAUAUUUUCAUAAAAAAUUCACUUAUAAGCGUGCUUGGUCUAGCCUAUGUUGCAGGAAUAUGUCGUCCUCCUCUUGAUUGUGGAGUCUGUAAUUUUCAAGGCGACACCUUGUCUUAUUUUGCAAACACUGUGGCCCAUGAGCUAGGGCAUAUUUUGGGUAUGCGGCAUGAUGAGGAAUUCUGUUUUUGUGGGGAAAGUGGUUGUGUCAUGAGUACUUUCAAAGUGCCAGCAGAUAGAUUCACGAAUUGCAGCUAUGCUGAUUUUAUGAAUACCACUUCACAACAGGGAUCUUGUCUACACGGUAUUCCAAGACCAGAGAAAGUCUUUAUACUAAAGCGUUGUGGGAAUGGUGUGGUUGAAGGAGAAGAGGAUUGUGAUUGUGGAUCCAUACAACAGUGUGAACAAGAUCCCUGUUGUCUGUUGAACUGUACCCUGAGGCCUGGGGCUGCUUGUGCUUUUGGGCUUUGUUGUAAAGACUGCAAGUUCAUGCCAUCAGGGAAAGUGUGUAGGCAACAGGUCAAUGAAUGUGAUCUUCCAGAGUGGUGCAAUGGUACGUCACAUCAGUGCCCAGAAGAUGGAUAUGUGCAAAAUGGGAUCCCCUGUGGUGAUAGCGCUUACUGCUAUGAAAAGAGAUGCAAUAACCAUGACCAACAAUGCAGGGAGAUUUUUGGUAAAGGUGCAAAGAGUGCCUCUCAGAAUUGCUAUAAAGAAAUCAACACCCAAGGAAACCGUUUUGGACACUGUGGUACAAAUGGCACAGCAUACCUAAAAUGUGAUACUUCUGACAUCUUUUGUGGGAGAGUUCAUUGUGAAAAUGUGGACGGCAUCCCUCAUCUGCAAGAUACUUCUGCUCUGCAGCUCAUUCACAUCAAUGGUGUCGCCUGCUGGAGUCUCCAGCAUCGUUUUGAACUGGGCAUACCUGACAUUGGUGAAGUGAAAGAUGGCACUGUCUGUGGAACUGGCAAGAUCUGCAUCCACAGGAAGUGUGUCAAUCUGUCUGUCUUGUCACAAACCUGCCUCCCUGAGGCCUGCAAUAGGAAGGGGGUCUGCAAUAACAAACAUCACUGCCACUGUGGCCGUGGGUGGUCUCCUCCCAACUGCCUGCACAGAGGCUAUGGAGGUAGUGUUGACAGUGGCCCAGCAGCCUCAGAAAGAAGAGCUUUCCUGCCACUAGUAGUGAUUAUUUCUCUGUCUGUUUCGGUUGUUUUUCUGGCUGCUGGACUUUUUCUGUUUUUUCAGAAACCUUUUUGA